AACAAGAACGUUCUUUUCAAAAUGGGGCGAAAACAGACGUAAAUCAUUAAAUAUUUCAACGAAAGCAGGGCCGAUCGACCCUCGGAAAUGCCUAAUCGGUUAUAAGUUUAUAACCAUCCAAAAAAAUGAAGCUUGUGUACAAAAGUUUCGAAAAGGACGGAUCUGGGUCUGUUACCCUUGUUCCAGAAGAAGCAGAAGAUAUGUGGCAUGCCUAUAAUCUAAUUGCUGAAAAUGAUAAACUAAGAUCAACAACAAUUAGGAGAGUAACCACCCAAUCUGCAACUGGAAGCACCAGCAGCAAUAAAGUGCGAACAACUUUGACCAUCAAAGUAGAAAACAUCGAUUUUGACACCCAAGCUUCAAUGCUAAGAGUCAAAGGGAGAAAUAUUGAAGAAAAUCAAUAUGUCAAGAUGGGACAAUAUCACACAAUAGACUUGGAGUUGAAUAGAAAAUUCAGUGUAACAAAAGCUUAUUGGGAUUGCAUUGCAAUCGAACGAGUUGAUACCGCCUGUGAUCCAACUCAGCAUGCAGACCUUGCAGCAAUUGUAAUGCAAGAAGGUAUUGCGCAUGUCUGCCUAGUUACCUCAUGUAUGACAAUCGUAAGGGCCAAAAUAGAUGUGACAAUUCCAAGAAAAAGGAAAGGAAGUUGCUCUCAACAUGACAAGGGUCUUCUAAAGUUUUAUGAUACAGUAAUACAGGCGAUUCUAAGGCAUGUUAAUUUUGAUGUUGUAAAGUGCGUGCUGGUUGCAAGUCCGGGAUUCGUAAAGGACCAAUUUUGUGAAUAUAUGUUCAACCAAGCUGCCAAAUUAGAUCAAAAAGUCCUUCUUGAAAAUAAACACAGAUUUGUCUUGAGUCAUGCUUCCUCCGGCUUCAAACAUUCACUAAAAGAGGUGUUAGCUGAUCCUUCAAUUGCAAACAAAUUAUCCGACACAAAGGCUACUGGUGAAGUCAAAGCUUUGGAUGCUUUCUUCAAAAUGCUCCAAGAUGAGCCGGCUAAGGCAUUUUAUGGUUUCAAUCAAGUGAGCGGAGCGAAUGAAGCAAUGGCAAUAGAAACUCUGCUAGUCACAGAUGAACUUUUCAGGGCAAGCGAUGUUGCAACGAGGAGGAAGUAUGUGAAUCUGGUUGAAAGUGUAAAAGAAAACGGAGGGGAUGUAAAAAUAUUUUCAAGUCUUCACGUGUCUGGAGAACAGCUUGGCAUGCUUACCGGCGUUGCUGCCAUUCUUCGAUUUCCGAUGCCAGAUCUUGAACUCGAGGAGCUUGAAGACGAUUCUUCUGAUUCUGAUGGCUAAUCUUUAUUUCUCUAAGUCAAUUUGUAAUAUACAUAAUUCGCUUAUACAUCAUCACAGUACAAAACAAAUUCGUUCUCUAUACAUUGAAUGUAAUAAAUCUUAUGAUUUUGUCAUCUUCACGUUAUAGACAAUGUGACUUUGAAAGCAGGGAUUGAGGGCUUAUGGAUGGUUGGAUAUGGCACUGUUUUUUUAUUUACUAGCAAUUCCUUAUUUAAAGAGCCUUUUUCAGACAUUGUUUUAGGGUUUUAAAUUCCAUUCUUUUUAAAAAACGUAUCUUGCAACUGCUAACCAAGCUUUCAGGCACAGUGAAAUUUUUUCAAUAUCAGAAUUAAAUUAUGAACUAGCUUACAAGUUUAAGUUAUCCUGUCAAUUUUUAGUCCAGUUGUGAACAUUGGUGAAGCUACGCGUGCUGCUAGCCCAUAAAAUUUAAUGGGGAAUGAGAGAUAAUUUUUAAUAACUGCAAAUUUGGUUUGCGUGAGUCUGAGUGGAAAACUAAGUAAUUUUUCUUUCAUACUGACAAAUAUCAUCUCUGAAUCUUCUGUAAACAUGAAAUACGUAGGGUUCUUGCAAAUCGUUUAAAAAGACUUAACAAGCAUUUAGAUAAAUUUAGACGUAACAAUGACGGUUCAUUUCUAUUUACUCAUGCGAUAUAUACUUGAAUUUCCUUCUUUUUUCUACCUAGAGUCAACCUAUGUUUUAGGAGAAUUUUAGCAUUGAAUUUUAAUUUAUUAGUUGUGAUGAA